UCACAACACCAAAUCCCCCAUAACUUGCUCCACUCUCUCUCGCAAUGCAGCAUUCCUUCUCUCUCUCCUAUCCAUUCUCAGGCCACACAACAAACUAGAAACAUUGCUCUCUGAAUUCCAAGAUCUCUUAAAACAGAGCAGAUCUGUGAAAAAACAGAGCAUUCCCCUGUUUCGAAAAUGGCCGCAAAUAGCUUCACAUCAGAAUCCGUGUAUUCUCCCGACAUUGGAGGCCAAAUUUCGGUGCUGUGGGAGUUCAUCAAGGCGCCGUUGAUUGUGCCCUUGCUGACGAUUUGCGUGUAUAUAUGCCUGGCCAUGUCAAUCAUGGUGUUCAUGGAGCGCCUCUACAUGGGCAUCGUCAUCGUUUUGGUGAAGCUGUUUUGGAAGAAGCCUGAGAAGAGAUACAAAUGGGAGGCGAUGAGGGAUGAUGAUUUGGAGGAUGGGAAUGCUGCUUUCCCUAUGGUUCUCGUUCAGAUCCCCAUGUUCAAUGAGAAAGAGGUUUACAAGAUAUCAAUUGGCGCAGCUUGCAAUCUGUCGUGGCCUGCUGAUAGGCUUGUUAUUCAAGUUCUCGACGACUCCACCGACUUUACAAUCAAGGACAUGAUUGAGAGGGAAUGCUUAAGGUGGGCAAGCAAAGGGGUUAACAUUAGAUACCAAAUUAGGGAGACAAGAGGGGGCUACAAGGCCGGGGCGCUUAAGGAAGGACUGAAACACGACUACGUCAAAGAAUGCGAGUACGUCGUCAUUUUCGACGCUGAUUUCCGGCCCGAACCCGAAUUUCUCCGAAGGGCGGUCCCUUUUCUCAUUCACAAUCCGGACAUUGCACUUGUACAAGCCCGGUGGAGAUUCGUGAACUCAAAUGAGUGCUUGCUGACAAGAAUGCAAGAAAUGUCAUUAGAUUAUCAUUUCACAGUUGAGCAAGAAGUAGGUUCAGCCACUCAUGCCUUUUUUGGCUUCAACGGAACUGGUGGAAUAUGGAGGAUUGCAGCAAUCAACGAGGCCGGAGGGUGGAACGACAGAACAACGGUCGAAGACAUGGAUCUUGCUGUUCGUGCUGGUCUCAAAGGCUGGAAAUUUCUUUACCUUGGUGAUCUCCAGGUGUAUAGUGAACUCCCGAGUACUUUCAAAGCCUUCCGGUUCCAGCAGCAUAGGUGGUCAUGUGGACCGGCUAAUCUCUUUAAGAAAAUGAUGAUGGGAAUAGCAACAAACAAGAAAGUAACGUUGUACAAGAAAUUCUACGUGAUCUACAGCUUCUUCUUCGUGAGGAAGAUCAUCGCUCACUUCUUCACCUUCUUCUUCUACUGCGUGGUUCUGCCUCUCUCCAUUUUGGUGCCUGAAGUAUACGUCCCGAAAUGGGGAGCCAUUUACCUUCCUUGCAUCAUCACUGCCCUCAACUCAGUCGGAACGCCAAGGUCGUUCCAUCUGCUCUUCUAUUGGGUGCUGUUUGAGAACGUGAUGUCCUUCCACCGCACCAAGGCAGCAUUUAUCGGGCUGCUGGAGGCGAAGAGGGUGAAUGAGUGGGUGGUGACUGAGAAGCUCGGGGAUAAGCUCAGCAUCAAAGGUAACAAGAGUGGUUCGAAUAAGAAGUCUCUGAGGAAGCUGCUGGGAGACAGGAUUCAAGUGCACGAGCUGGGAUUCGCGGUGUUUCUGUUCGUGUGUGGAUGCUAUGAUUUCGCCUAUGGGAAGAACAACUAUUUCAUAUACCUAUUUCUUCAAGUCUUCACCUUCACCAUCGUCGGAUUGGGCUACGUUGGCACCAUCGUCCCGACUUCUUAGCUAAACUACGGCAUUUGUAGUCCACACAAAGAAGGGUGAAUGUACACAGGAUUGCUCUGUUUGGUUUAUUUGAUUUGCAGUUGGGGAAAAGGGAACUAUAUUCAUUUAGUUAUACGGAAAUAUAUCCAAGUCUUGAUUAGACUUUCCUUUUUUCUCUUUUUGUUAGAGUUAUAGUGGUCUGAUUUUUAUUGCAGUUUAUGAACUGAGUCAUAGUCUGUUCUUGCUUUGUAUUGCUAAGGCAAGAGAUGUAUACAUUUAUAAAUUUUGUUUGGUUUGAUCAA